AUGGAUUUUGAUGUUGGAAUCAAAACACGAGAUAUAGUUAUUGAAAGUAUGUCUGGAAGAUGGAAGAGAAUCAGUGAAUUGCAUCCUGCUUAUUUGCCUUUACAAUAUCCAUUGUUGUUUCCAUAUGGUGAAGAUGGAUUUAGACUCGGUAUAGAUAUUGGAUAUGUAGAUAAGAAGGGGAGAAAAAGUUUGCAGAUUACUAUGAGAGAGUUCUUUGCUUUUUGGGUUCAAGAGAGGUUUGGAGAAUCUCCAACAAUUGUAAUGUCCGGAAGAUUGUACCAACAGUUUUUGGUUGACGCGUUCACGAUGAUCGAGUCGAAUAGACUUCGCUUCAUAUCAAUGAAUCAACAGAAACUUCGAUCCGAGACUUUCGAUAAUAUAAAGGAUGCCACUGAUAAAGGGAAUUCCGAUCUUUCUGAGAAAGGUAGAAGAAUUUUCAUUCCUGCUUCUUUUACUGGUGGUACAAGAUAUAUGCUCCAACAUUAUCUGGACGCUAUGGCCACAUGCAAACAUUUUGGAUUUCCAGAUCUGUUCAUCACGUUCACGUGUAAUCCAAAAUUGCCUGAAAUUACUAGGCAUUUACAAAGACAUAAUUUGAAAGCAGAAGAUAAACCAGACAUAUGCGCUCAAGUAUUCAAAAUGAAACUUGAUGAUAUCAUGUACGAGCUAACUAAAAAAAAUGUCUUGGGAGUUGUAAAUGCUGAUAAACUACCAACUGGUGAUGAUAUCGACAAGUUUAUAUGUGCUGAGAUUCCUGAUAAGGAAACUGAUCCUCAUCUAUAUGUAAUUAUUGGUGAUGUGAUGAUGCACGGACCAUGUGGUGCUUUGGAUAGGGAUAGUGUUUGUAUGGCUGAUGGUAGAUGUACCAAAUUUUUUCCAAAGGCAUUUAGUCCUGUUACUAAAGUUGAUGAUGUUGGAUACCCGAUAUACAGGAGACGUGAAGACAAGAAAUUUGUAACGAGGAAAGGAUUCAAUUGUGACAAUGGUUAUGUGGUUCCGUAUAACAGAGAACUUUCUAUUCGAUAUCGAGCUCAUAUUAAUGUGGAAUGGUGUAUACAAUCGCGUUCUGUCAAGUAUCUUUUUAAAUAUAUUCAUAAAGGAGCUGAUUAUGUUCGCGCAGUAGUAGGCAAGGAUGACGAAGAUGAUGAAGUUAAGAAGCAUUUCAACUGUAGAUAUAUAUCACCUGGCGAGUCUAUAUGGAGGAUCGAGGGUUAUGAUACACAUAGUCGUACAGUUUCUGUGACAAAACUCCCGUUUCAUCUGCCGAAUCAGCAAUUAAUUAUGUACAAUGAAGAUGAUCCUGCUGAAGAAGUGGUUGAACGUGUUACCAUUGGUAUCUCCAAAUUCAUGGCUUGGAUGGAAUGUAAUAAAGAGUAUGAAGAAGUUAAGGAAAUGGAACCAAGGAAGAAAGGGAAAACUAUUGGAAGGAUCACCUAUGUUCCUAUGUCUGUAGGAGAGGCUUAUUAUUUGAGGCUCUUGCUCAAUAUAGUUAUAGGUCCAACGUGUUUCGAAGAUAUAAGAACAGUUAAAGGGCAUCAUUAUGAUACAUUCAAAGAAGUUUGCUUUGUCCUUGGGUUACUCCAUGACGAAAAAGAAUACAUUGAGGCUAUAAAAGAUGCAAAUCUUAGGCUGUCUACUGACCAGGUUAAAAACUUUUGCUUAGCUGAGAUAGAGAUACUUCUGCGUACUGCUGGAAGUUCUCUUACAGAUUUUUCAUGUAUGCCGUAUUCAGAUGAUUUGGAUAUGACUAUACGCGGUAAUCCUCUUAUUCGUGAUGAAAGAAGUUAUGAUCGAGAUUAUUUGCGAGUUAGACAUGAUGAGUUUUUUACCAUGAUAACUGAUGAACAACGACUUAUCUAUGAUGAGAUUCUAGAAGCUGUUUAUUCAGGCUCUGGCGGAAGGUUUUUUGUUUAUGGUUCUGGUGGUACCGGAAAAACGUAUCUGUGGAGCUUAUUAGAGGCCGCGUUACGUUCAAAAGGUGAUAUUGUUCUGAAUGUUGCAUCAAGUGGAAUUGCUGCUUUGUUAUUGCAAGGAGGUCGAACGGCCCAUUCGUGA